AUGCAGCUUGUCGUUAAUGGAUCCCCUCUCGGGUUACUCAUUAGCGCUAGUGACAAUUAUAUCGCUAAGGCCACUCAAGCUAUCAAAGAUAGUAUGAUAGGGAGCCCUGCAGAGCGCACUAUCAGAACGAUUGAGUAUCUCAACGCCAAUAAUGCAAUUUUGAGCAAAACGAAUGCUCAAUUGGUGGCCACGGCCCGUACUCGUCAACAGGUCAAAAAGGGCAAGCAAACGCUUGGUAAGGCGCGGUUGCUUGACAAAGAGGCCGCAGAUGCCAAACGGGCAGAGAUAGAGGCCAAGGAGGCUGCUGAUAUAGCACACAGAGUUGCUAUGGACCAAAAGAAGAAGGAACAAAUGCUCAAAAAGGCCCAGCAAGAGGCAGAAAAGGCAGAAAAGGCAGUCCAACGCGCCAUAGCCAAGGAUAUGCGCGAAAUCAAUGUAGAAAUGGCUCGAAUGGCCAGAGUCAAUCCUAAAUUGUUUACAUAA